AGAUGUUCAGCGGGCAUGCGCAUUAGUGUGAGCCUGCGCGUGCGUGAAUGAUUCAGCAGGCAGCGAUGUGACGUCAGGCCUCCGUGAAAUGAAACCCGACGGCAUCAGCCGCAAAUUCACCUGCUUUGCCCUCCUCACGGAACACCGCCGAGGAGUGACAUCAGAGGGCUGCACGCUCAGGAAGGAAGCAAGAACAUAUCGUCGUCCUCCGCGUCGCCAUUUCCACGCCCGGUGCUGCCUGGUCGUCACAGCUCCUCGUCUUCCUGAAUCACGUUGUCGUCGUCUGAUGUCCGCCCCCGCCAUGCCCACCCCGGUGUCCAGACUGCCUAAAUUUGGCUCGUGGUCCAAAAGUUCGAGCCCGACGGCGACCGCCGCGGCCGCUUCGCACGUCUUUCCCACCGGGCGGCUCCCCGGCGGCUUCUACCACCACCGCGGGCCCGUGGUGUGCAAUGGCAACGCCAACGAACCGGCGCCCUCGUCGAGGCGGAUCGGAACCAUUCGCACGCCUGCUGAAGAUUCCAAUAAAUGGAGGAAACGUGGGGAAGUGACAGAGGAAGCGGAUCACAAUGACGCCCCCCAACGGGACAAGGAUGCGCAAAGGUCUGGAGUGGACCCAAAAAUGCUGGACAAAUCAUUUCCUGUUCAUAAAACUGGACUUCCUGUCCCUAAAUCCACUGGACUUACUGUACCUAAAACUGGACUUACUGUCCCUAAAAACAGACUUCCUGUUUCCAAACCCACUCUAACUGGGUCCAAACAGAACCUUCACGAUCUUUCCGGCUCCAAACUGCGACCCCCUAAGUGGUCUACUCACUCAGGUUCCACUUUGAGUUCCAGCCCCGGGUCCGGAUGUGGUUCUUUGCCGCCAGCCGCCCGCUCUCCCUCCACAGGCAACGUCGGAUCGGUGCCGGCCUCGCGCCUCGCCACAGGCGACGGGUUCCACCCACGUAGCCUGGAGGUCCGGCGACAGGCGCCCGCCACGGCCACGACCCUGUCCCAGAGCACCAAGCCGGGUCACAAAGAGUCCAGUACCUCCUUGGUCCAAGCCGGGCCCCUCAUGGGUCCCGCUGGUCCGGGCGGGGUGAAGAAGUCCUUCCUUCCGGCACUCAAAGCUAACAACGUCAGCUAUAAGCUUUCGCGGCCGAUACUCGCCAAGCAUGCCCAGACUGUUGUGGCAGAAGUGAGCCGAGCGAGAGCCAAAACCCCAAAACCCAUUGUUGCCCGUUUUCCAGAGCGCACCGUCGUAGCCGCAGCCUCCCAGGGGCAACCUUCCAUCCCGGGGGAGAUGGUGGAGGACAUGUCCCUGUCGUCCGGCUCAUCCGUGGACCACAACCGCGCCAGUCAGGAAUACAUGGACGACUUUGACGACCUGGGAAACCGAGGCAUGGGCAUGCUCGUCCUCGCCAAGAACGACGAAGACGACUCUGGUCUGGACCGAUCGUGCUCCGGCUUCUGUGAGGGGCAAGUAGCGGGAAAUGGCGUUAGCGCGGCGACGGAACUGCACUUCCUGGACAGCACUUUAGACUGGACGCACGCGACGCCCGCCGACAAAGACGGACCAAAUCAUGUGACCAGAUUCUCCUACCACAGCAGGUCCAGUCCAUCUGACAAUCACGAGCAGGGUGGCUCUUCCCUGGACCUGUCCCCGUCAGACAGCUGCGGUUCCGGGGGCAUCUACAUGUGGGACGAGGAAGGACUGGAGCCACUGGGGGGCGCCGUCUCACGUGCCUCGGUGGACUGUGGGCACGUGCGGCGCGUCGGCAGCUUUGACUCUGACGUCAACAGCAGUGACGCCCUGACCAACGUGGAGUCUUGUGAUUUGGACGACAACAAUUUGGACGAUGACGACCUCAUGCUCGACGGCGACUUUCCUGACGACAUUUCACUCCACACCGGAGAUGGAGACGGGACGUCCCGCAUGGCUGAGUGGAGGAGGCGGCAGCUCUGCUGGGGGACACAGGAUGACCACAGUGAUGACAGGGAGGCGGGAUGCUACGACGAGCAGGACGACACCGGCGUGGACACGGAUCUGGCUUUGGAUCUUUCUCCUCAAAGUUCCGCCGCCCUCAGGACUCCCGGUGUGGACAUGGAGGACCUGGCUGACGACUGUGGCGCACUCCGCUCACAGCUGGAACUCCUCCGAAGGUUUUUGCUGCAGGACGACGACACGGACGACGACACUCUGACCACCGACACGCUCAGUCCCGAAGAGGGCGAACAAUCACAGGUGGAGGCUCUCUUGGAGGAGGUGCAGCAGCUCAAAGAGGUCCUGAGGAGCAAAGAGCGGAUCAUCUCGGAGCUCACCCUCCAGCUGGCCGUCGCCCCGGCAAGCAGCAGGUGUCACUGCUCAACGGACAGGUCGGAGCAACACACACAGACGAAUGCGGUGGAGCCAGCUAACGAGAGCGUGGCCUCGCAGACGCCUUGGAGUGAGCGCACGGCUUUUCCUCCCUCCGCCUUGCUCUCGCCACCGUGGCAGUACCAACGCUCCAGACCUUACGGGGGUAGUAGGCCCAAACCCAGCAUCCCCUCCCACCUUGCUCGAAAAAGAGUGGAAACACUCGUGCUGUACUUCAGCGACACGCCCUGCCACAGGUACUUUGCCACCCCCACCCGGAAGAGCCGACCCCACUAGCCGCCCCGCCAGCAAACAGAAGCUCCGCCCCUCACCCGGCUCAGCACAUCCCGCGCCGCCCUCAACGCCGAGGCCGCCGAAUCGCCCGCGCUUUGUCGCCUCCAACUCUUCCCGCGUGAGAACGGCGGUCUGACCGCUUCCCAGCAUGCCACAGGAAGACGUUGACGGCAGCUCAACGCAUCCUCUCAACUUGAACUCUGCCGGAAGGAAGUUUAUUUAAUAAGUUAACUUAUUUAUUGAGCACUGUGACGGCGCUUUACUGUUGCCAGCGCUUUGUUAUCGUGGCUUGUGAUGGUUCAAAAAUAUGCAACACGGAAUAAAAGACGCGCUGUCCCUUUAA